GGUGGCGGCGAGCACCGCCCGCCCCUGCGCAGCCAUGAGGCUGUGCCGGCCCUUUGUUGCCGGGGGUCCGCGGCCGCCCCUCCCCACGGCCGGGGCGGCCUGAGCCCGCCGGGAGGCAGCGGGAGCUGUCGCCAGCAGGAUGCCAUGGGGAACUGCUGGGCGCAGUGGUGCUGCGGGCUGUUCUUCCGGAGGGAUCCCGGCCGCGUCCAGCGCGGCGGAGGAUCCAAGUAUUUUAGAACAUGUUCAACAGGAGAACACUUCACUAUAGAGUUUGAGAACCUGGUGGAAAGUGAUGAGGGGGAAAGCCCAGAAAGCAGUCACAGGCCUCUGACUGAGGAAGAAAUUGCAGACCUGAAAGAGAGACACUACGACUCCAUUGCUGAAAAGCAGAGGGUUGUUGAUCUGAAGCUUCAGUCAGAGUUAGCCUUACAAGAGGAGAAGUUAAGACUAGAAGAGGAGGCUUUAUAUGCUGCACAACGUCAAGCAGCCAGGGCAGCAAAGCAGAAAAAGCUCUUGGAGGGUGGCUGUUCCUGGGCACGGAGCAAAAGAAAUCCAGCAUCACCCAGGUGUCAGUUGUGCACUGAAAGCACUUUAAGAAGACAGGAGCCAAAACAGCAGCGUAGGCAGCACAGGAUAACGCAGAGAGCACAUGCUGUCAACAACGGAGAGUUCCAGAGCUCUGUGGCAGAGGAAGACCUCGAUCCUUUCCUGAGGAAUACAAAAUUCCAGUAUGAAACUUUCCGAAGUAGUAGGCUUUCAUCUGAUGCCACAGUGCUGACACCCAACACGGAGAGCAGUUGUGACUUGAUGACCAAAACCAAAUCAGUGAGUGGGAACGAUGACAGCACCUCCUUGGAUUUAGAGUGGGAGGAUGAAGAAGGCAUGAACAGGAUGAUCCCGGUGAGGGAGCGCUCCAAGACGGAGGAGGACAUCCUGCGGGCAGCGCUGAAAUUCAACAGCAGGAAGCCAGGGAGCCACCCAGCCUCAGCCUCCGACGAUUCCAACGGGCUGGAGUGGGAGAACGACUUUGUCAGCGCCGCCGUGGACGACAACGGCAACUCCGAGUACGCCGGCUUCGUCAACCCCGUGCUGGAACUGUCGGCCUCGGACGUCAGGCUGUCAGAUUCCGAGCACCAGGACAGAUAGUGACCAUCCCUGCACGGCCCCUGCCCGUGACCAAAUGCUGGAAAGGGAAGUGGAAUCACCCACAAAGCCACCUGGCUCCUUUGUAACCCGCUUCCCCUUUUUCUUACGCGCGGAGCGGCGAGCGACGGGAACGACUCGCCGUCCGGAUGAAUUCAGAACUAAGUGCAAUUUUAUCACCUACCUUCCCCACUUUUGUGAAAACUGGGAUGAUUCUAUUGUGUAUAUUUCUGGGUAUCUGGAUUUAAUAUAAAAUUAUCUGCACUAAUUGGAGCUUCAUAGCUUUGACUUAUCUAUAUUUUAACUUGCCUUUUUUUUCUGGAUGAUGUUUCUAUUGAUUGUGUUUUAAAAUUCAUCAUUGGCCGAAUAUUUAUCUCAGAAACUGUCCUGUAUAAUUUAUUUAAUACUUGAAGAUAGAGAAAUAAUUUUAAAAUAUUUUUAUUUCUGGUCUGUGCUUUUUGACUUGCUCUUCAGCUGUUUAGAGGGUGCAAAAGUAAGAGCUGUAAAACAAAUUUGACACAUGCCAAAUGUGCAGAUUUUCCCCUGUCUAGCUUUAAGUCUUCCUAGUCUUCUGUUGUCCUUUUUCCAUUUAUUUUAUUUUUUUAAUUACUUUAUGCUAAGCACGGUUAACCUCAAUGAACAUAGUAAAACUGAUCAGGUUAGGUAAGAUAUCGCCUUGUAUAAUAAUAUGCCAGACUUAGUAAGCGUGUGCUAGAUAGAAAAGCAAAAGUAAAUUCUCUGUAUGUGUCAGUAAAAUGGGAAUUUUAACCAGUGGAAAACUGGGAGGACCAAAGUCUUGUUUUCCCAGCCCCCCUGAACAGACCAACCUCUGUUGCUACGUGGUCCUUAAAAUUCCUCAGUUGUGGAAAAUUUAUAAUUCCACUGGACCGGAACAGUUAUGGAAAAGCAACAUCCAGUGAGCAAACUGGGGGAGGGAUGAUGGCUCUGCUGCUGGGGGUGGGCAGAACAAGGACCUAAAGACUGAAUUUCUACAUCUGCAUUUUGAAAAGAAAGAAGAAAAAUUCAUGUUUUAACAGUGUGUUAAAAGUGCUCUGCCUCUCCUGUGCCUCUCAAGUGGAUGGCUCAUCCUGCUAAUACGGGCUGAAAUCCAAGGAGGUGUUCAGUGACUGCACCACUGCUGUCCUGUGCUGUGUGGUCUCCCCCGGUAUUCCAUGUCAAUCUUAACUUUUUAACAAAAGAGAACCUGCAAAGUGCUUGCAGAUCUCAAGCUUUCCCCCAAAGUUUCAAAGUAAAGCCAUUUCUACUCUGCCAUUAUUUUGUGCAGCUGUCUCGUUCUUUCCAGGGGGAAAAGGGUGACAGGGUUUAACUUUGUUUUGGAGUAAAAGGGAACACGUUGUGGCAAGUAAUGAACCUGCUCUGUCAAUCAUCAGAACUGAAUUUGUCGGUGAAAGUUGUGCGGAAAAUGUGGUUUAGCUCGUCUGAAGCUAUUUGGAAUAUUUGGGUCAUUACAGCGUGGAUAAGGAACAAAAAUACUGCACACUGGGGUUAAAUGCGUACAAAUAACCUAGAGAACAGAUAAAUCCUGUUGGUAACAUUCCAUCUCUUCAGUUGUAGCUGUGUCACUGAAAAUAUUUCAAUGCCACUAUUUAUAUUUGCAAUACUUGUAAUGAGCUUUAAAGACCUGUACACAUCAAAUGCAUAUUUUGGGUUUGGCCUAAGCUACUGCUGUGUGACUUCUCCUGGAUAUUUCUUUGUACAAUAUAUUCCUAUGGGAAGGAAGGCAACUUCCUCAGCAUGUAAAUAACAUGUUUUUUUUUACCUGCUGAAACUGUCACCUCCCCUGCCCGCUGGCCGGGGAACAUGAGGUGACCUUGUCCUGACCAUGCCUUGAGGAAGUCAGUCAGCUGACAGUCCUGCCCUUAGGAUGGACAAGCACUUAGGAAAAAGGAGGCUGACUCCAGCUUUUUCUGUGAUGGGCAUGUUCUGUAGCCAUGGUUAACGAUAACAUUUGCAGUGCUCAGUGCACCAUGCUGGGUGACUUGUGAAGUGAUGCUCCAUCUCUGUGGCUAUUUGAGAAAUCGAGGGAUUCUGCAAACAGCUCGUGUGAAGCAGUUCAAGGGUACUGUAAAAUGCCUAUCUGUACAAAUUUAAAAGUCAUUAAAAUUUUCAGCAAGUCUUACA